AUGCUUCAAAUUUUAUAUAACAAGUUCGUGUUACAAGGAACUAUUAUAUGUCUUCAAAUGGAUUCGGUUUGUCUGAUUUUGAUGAAUGUUUCAAAUAUAUCUAGAAUACCCUUUUCAUAGCUCAUCAUUUCACAACUUUUAACAAAAGACUUAUUUCUUGAUUUAAAGCAAACAAAAAAAUCCCCUAUUAUUAUCCUCCAAUUAAUGGUAUCAAUAUUUUUGAUUAUUUAUUCCUUUAUACAAAUUGAACUCGACAUUGAGCACCCUUAGUUAUUAAUCACCUUAUGUAUAUCAUUAUAUUGCUGCACAAUAUCUCUUAAGCCUCAACAAUCUUAACCUAAUGUAUUAUUUACGGAAAUAAGCAACACGAAUAGAGCAGACAAUUUGAAAUUCAAUAAGAAUACCUCAUAAUUUGACUUAGAUUAAAAUUUCAAUUCACCAUGUCUAAGAGAUGCAGCAAUCAAUGACUCAACUAUUUUAGAAACCACUUAUCACUGUUUGUAAUAUUUAAAUGAGGGUUUGAUCAUUUUGGGUAUUGAUUCCGAGAAUAAUCACUUUCCAUACUCAAUUAAAUACUCUAAUAAAGCAACAAAAACUAUUUUUGGAAAGGAAAUGGAUUCUGAUAUCUUAAAUUUAUUAGAAAAUCUCACAAUCUUCACUGGAAAUGAUCACGCAGAUGGCUUAUAAUUUACAUCUCAAUGUUAAAUUAGACCCUCAUACAAUUGUUUAAAACAAAUUGAAUUAAAAGACCAAUUUACCUCUUAACAUAAAAAUUCAAAUUAAGAUUCCUUAUAAGAUUAAUUACACAAAUAUCAAUUUAAAUAAGUAUUGGAAAUGCUUUUUAAAUAAUCUAAUUGUGAGUUAUUAAUCGUUUAAGCACAUUUGCAAUAACGAUUUUCAACUCAAACAAAUCAACCAUAAUAAACUUCCUAAACAUUUAUUAAUACUGAGAAUUUCUAAUUGCUUGAAUUGACAUUGAAUCUUAGCAAGAACAAUAUCAUCAUAAUUUGUAGAGAUGUUACUCAUAGAUAAAAAAUAAGAUAUCUAAGAGAAUAUGAUAAAUAAAAGUCUAAGAUGCUAGCAUUUGUUAGUCAUGAAUACAGAUCACCAUUAAAUUGUAUAAUUUAAAUGCUUGAAUGUGUAAUUAAUGAUCAAGUAAUUCAAGAUAAUCAAGAUUUGUCUGAGUAAUUAUAAGUGGCAUUAGACAAUUCAAGUUACAUUCUUAAUUUAUCCAAUGAUUUAUUGGAUUUGGCAUAAAUUAAAAAUGGCAAAUUUAGAAUUGUCAAAGUACCUUUUAAUUUAGAAACAUUGAUUUAUGAAUGUAUGAAAAUGUUUGAAUUGAAGGCUAAAUUAAAAAAAGUUUAAUUAAAAUUUAAUCUUGGUAGUCAAAUACCUAAAGUUGUAUUUUCUGAUAGAAGUAGAAUAAAAUAAAUAAUUAUUAAUUUGCUAAGUAAUGCAUUCAAAUUUACUUAAAAUGGGUAGAUUGUCAUCAAUGUUCAGAAGAUAAAUUUAAAUAUUUUAAGAAUAGGAGUUAUGGAUGAAGGUAUUGGAAUCUCGGAUGAAGAUUAAAUGUAAUUGUUUAAAGCAUUUUCAAAAGUGAAUUCAGAAGAAAGCAAGAAAUUAAACCAAUAAGGAGUAGGCUUAGGUUUAGUGAUAAGUAACCAAAUUGCAUAAACCAUAGGUUCGACUGGAUUGAAUCUCGAAUCUAGUAACAAAGAAGAUAAUCACUAUUCAAAUUUUUAUUUUGAUCUACCUUUAGAGUAGCCAUUAAGAAAGAAGGUCUCUAGUUUCAAGAUACCUGAAAUUUCAAUAUAAGUUUAAGAAGUAGAGGAAAUAGCAAGUUUUAAAUAGAUACAUACUCAUAUCAAGGAGGAUUGGUCAACAUAAUAAAUAUGUUAACAUUAUUUAAUAGUUGAUGAUGAUUGUUUUAACAUUUUUGCAAUGAAGAGGUUGUUUUAAUAAUUACAAAAGAACAAUAAAUAUUUAUUUUAGAAUGGAUUUGAUGUUGAUUCAGCUUUGUCAGGUUAGGAAUGUAUUGAGAAAAUAAAAAAUAAAAAAUGCAGUAAUUCUUGCUAAGGAUACAAAAUAGUAUUUAUGGAUAUAGAGAUGCCAUUAAUGAAUGGUUAAGAAGCAUCAUAGAAAAUUCUAAGCAUCUAUCCUAAUUAUAUAAUUGUUGGAUGUAGUGGAUAUUCAGAUCAAUAGGAAUAUGAAAAAUGCAUAAGAAGUGGAAUGUCUGACUUUUUAGUUAAACCUAUAAAUGAAAUUUAAUUAAUUUAGAUAAUUAGAAAGUUUCAUUGA